AUCAGCUCAGCUAUCAGAGUAGUACAUCUAUGACCCUCCGACGUUCGCCUAGUUUCCACACCAUCAUAUCGGCCUCUGUCUUCAGCACGUACGUGGGAGCAAGCAACAAUGGCAUCUGUCUCCUUCCUCGAGCUGUUCCUCUCCAUGCUCUGCUUCGCCGUCAUCUACAUCUUACACAUCAGGUCCAGGCGCAAGAACCCGGUGAUCCCGCUGCACUGGCCACUGGUGGGCAUGCUCCCUGCGCUGCUCGGCAACCUCCCGCGCCUCCACGACUGGGUCACCUCCGUCCUCACCGCCUGCCCGCUCAACUUCCGCUUCACCGGCCCGCCGCACUCCGGCAUGGAGCUCUUCCUCACCUCCGACCCGGCCAACGUCCGCCACGUCUUCACCUCCAACUUCCCCAACUACCCCAAGGGUCCCGAGUUCGCCGAGAUCAUGGACAUCCUCGGCGGCGGCAUCUUCAACGCCGACGGCGAGUCCUGGCGCCGCCAGCGUGCCAAGGCGCAGCUGCUCAUGUCCGGCCCCAGGUUCCGGGCCUUCGUGUCCCGGUGCAGCCGCUGCAAGGUCGAGCGCGACCUGCUCCCGCUGCUCGCCCACGUCGCCGGCGGCGUUGGCGAGGUCGACCUGCAGGACGUGUUCCUGCGGCUGACGUUCGACACGACCACGACGCUGGUGUUCGGCGUCGACCCGGGGUGCCUGGCGAUCGGCCUCCCCGAGGUGCCGUUCGCGCGCGCCAUGGACGACGCCAUGGACGUGCUCCUCGUCCGCAACGUGCUCCCGCUGUCGUGGUGGAAGCUGGUGCGGUGGCUCGGGGUCGGCUACGAGCGGAAGAUGGCGGCGGCGUGGCGCGACAUCGACCGGUUCAUCGGUGACACCAUCGCCAAGCGGCGGGAGGUCAUGAAGAACAGAGGCGGCAUCGAGGACUCUGCCGAUCUCCUCUCGUCCUACAUCGACGACGAAGACGAAGAGGUCGUCGUGGACGCCUACCUCCGCGACACGACCAUGAACCUCAUGCUCGCCGGCCGAGACACGACCGGCUCCGCGCUAUCCUGGUUCUUCUACCUCCUGACAAAAAACCCGCGCGUGGUGUCCAAGAUCCUCGCCGAGCUCGACACCGUCGACCAGAGCACCACCACACCGGACGGCAUGGUGAUCUUCGACCCUGACGAGCUUAGCCGGCUGGUGUACCUGCACGCCGCUCUGUGCGAGUCGCUCCGGCUGUACCCGCCGGUGCCGAUGGAGCACAAGGGCGUGGUGGCCGCGGAGGCCCUGCCGAGCGGGCACGAGGUGCACCCCGGCGACAAGAUCAUGGUAUCGCUGUACGCGAUGGGGAGGAUGGAGGGCGUCUGGGGCAAGGACUGCCGGGAGUUCCGGCCGGAGCGGUGGAUCGGGGAGGACGGCAAGCAGCGGUACGUGCCGUCGUACAAGUUCAUGUCGUUCAACUCCGGGCCCAGGACCUGCCUUGGCAAGGACAUGGCGUUCGUGCAGCUCAAGGCGGUGGCGGCCGCCGUGGUGAGGAACUUCGAGGUGGAGGCCGUGCCGGGGCACGUCAUCGAGCCCAAGAUCUCCAUCAUCCUCCACAUGAAGAACGGCUUCAAGGCCAGGAUUAAGAGGAGGCAGGUUCUUGACAGUUGAUUCAGAGGAUUCAUGUGCCUGAUCAUUGAAUUCGAAAAAGAUGCAUGGAGUUAAAGAAUCUGUGUCGGUUGUAGGGCUUGAUCGGUCGCACGGGAAGUAACUGAAAAAGUGGCAGCGCAAAGAAAGUUCUAGUGAUUGUAUUGUGUUGCCACGUACUCACGUAACUUAGCCAGCCGCAAGUGCUAUGUGCAGUCACUUUGUAUCUGUACUACUCUGGACUCUGUAGACUGUAGUCGGUUUUCAGAUGACACUGAUCAUAAUAGAUCAUAUAU